CCAUGUCCUCCGCAGCAGAAGAGUACCUCACCAACCAGAUCUUCGUCAACAAGAAUAUUGUCACCUUUCGAUCGCUCAGUCGCGCGCUCAAGAUCCCUGUGAACCAGGCCAAGAAGGAGCUCACAUCCUUCUAUCAUGGCGGAAACCCCCACUCUGAGACCUUCGCCGUCUAUUGGGUCUCGGGCGAAGCAGAGCCAAUCACCGAUGUUUACACGCCCACGCUUUCUCAGCAACGCAGACCACCAGCUAACGACGAGGAGGACGAAAAGAUGAUGUACGACAAUGACGACGAGCCAAACCCAGUGAUGGUGUCGACGCCGGUGAAGAAGGUUAUGCUGGUGAACGCGGAUGAGCUUGAAGACGUCAAAGCGAGCCUGGUGAAGGUCCACUCCGUUCACGUGUACAGCCUAGCACCAUCACGUAUAAUUGACGGGGACCAUCUAUGUAUGCACCGCCGAAAGAUACGCUCCAUCGACCAGAAAACACCACACGAUGAGAUGGCGUCGACGUUUGGCAUGUGCGUGGGGGCGCACGUCAAGAUUGGGAAUGCCGGUGUCGUGUCCGGCCGUAGCAAGCUGAUCGCCGUGACACCGAAACGCUUAAAGGAACUAGAGGAGGAAAAGGCAAAGAAAGCAAAGGCGGAGGCGAAGGCCAAAGUGAAAGCGGAGAAGGAGGCGAAAGCGGAGAAUGAGGCACAAACGAAGUUGAAGGAGGAGGUGCAAGCGAAGGCUGGCCCAUCGAAGACGAGCGCUGACGGCAAGGAUGAAAGCAAGACGGAGCCCGUCGUAGCAAAAGCCAAGGAUGACGCAAAGGCAAAGGUGAAGGCAAAGGAGCUGGUCAAGGAAGAGGUCAAGGAGAAGAAAGAGAAAGAGAAGCCCAAGACGCUUGGCAAGCUCGAUUGGAGCAAGGCGAAGGAGAAGACGACGAAAUCGACGGCGGAUUUGUCCGCAAAGGACAAGGCGACGGAGGAGAAGGAUAAGGGCAAGACGGAGAAAGUGAAGGAGAAGGAGAAGGAGAAAGUGGUCAAGAGCACAACGGCCCUCAAACGCAAGCUCGCAACCGUUGUCUUGUCCGACUCAGAAGGGGAAGAGCCGGAGAGACCCAAGGCGACAUCAUCGAAACCAGCAGCCAAACGCAACGCGAUCAUUUCGUCCGACGAUGACGAGGAAUCAGACGCCCCACGGAGGCUCACGAAAGGCAAAGGCGGACAAUCGCUCAAAUCCAAAGCCUCUGAACGCAGUCUACGCUCAAUGAUGGACAUCGACGACGACGAAGUAACGAGAGUCACCCAUACGGACAAUGACAUGGACCUAGACGACGAUAACGACGACGACGCUAGCGAAGCCCAGUCCACGCAUGACAUGGACGUCGAAGGCGAUGCUGCUGCGGACGACAUCGACAGCGACGACGACGCGCCCAAGCGGCCGAAGACGAGGAAACCGAAGAAUGUCGUACCUGUCGGCAAGAACGGGCUCAAGAAGCGGCGUGUGGUCAAGAGUCGGAUGACGGAGGACGCAAAAGGAUAUAUGCAGACGGAAGACUAUUCGUCCUAUGAAUCCGUCGACGAGGGAGAGGCGCCCGAACCCGAAAAACCAAAGCCAAAGAAGAAGGCUGCUGCAGCCCCAGCCGCUGCUGUGCCGGAAGAGAAGGUAAAGGAGAAAGAGAAAGAGAAACCUAAAGAGAAGGGGAAGGAUAAGAAAGUCGACACCGACUCAGCAGCUACUGGGUCGAGAGCAGCAACGAAGAGCAAACCUGCCGCUGGAGGUACCUCGAAGGCUACUGCUAAGGGUAAAGCAGCUGCGUCAGCGAAGAAGGGGAGUCUGCUGAACUUCUUUGGGCCUGAUACCAAGGCCAAGAAGUGAUCGAGCGGUUUUUUUUUUGCAUCUGGUGGUCUGACUUGGCCUAUUUGCAUAAAUUUGGCCUCAUAUACCGCAUGUACAUUCACAUCAUGGGCGAAUACAUUGAUAGUCCGGUAUUGGCAUAACAUUCCUUCACUCCGAGACACUACGUCCACUACGGUUAGCUAUACCAUCUAUCCUUGCUGUCUCGGUAUACAUCAG